UGCAUACAUUAGGUAAGCAAAAUCUAGAAAAAGAAAUGUUCCUAGUAUACUUAUAAUACACUUUUGUCUUUUUGCUUCUGUAGCGGCUUCUUCAACUUUUAAGGCGUACGUUUCAAUGGAAGGAUCUCAUGAAAAGCUGCUGCACCUCACUUGGUUCACUGAAGGGUAAAAAAUUCAAUGGCAAAGGUUAUAAGCUUGAAUUUGAGAUUUCUGGUGGAAGUUGAAGAACCAGAAGCAAGAGAGUCACCUGAAAAUGCAGAAAACAGCAGCCUUCAAUCAAAUAAAUUUAUACUAUGGUUCCAAAUAUUUUUCACAUUCUUUACUCUAGCUGGCUUAGCAGCUGGAAUUCUCUUGGGCAGAGUAUACUAUGAACAAGGUGGCCAAAGUAGAUGGAUUGCUACAUUGGCACAAACUGCUGGCUUCCCAAUUCUUCUUCCUUUUAUUUGCUAUCCUUCAGCCAAAAAUCACAAUGAACAAGAAAUUAACAUUCACCAGCCUUCUAUAUUAAUUCGUGUUUCAGUUUACAUCUUCCUUGGUUUAUUUCAAGUAGCAAACUCUAUGUUAUAUACUGUUGGUGUACAGUACCUUCCAGCCUCUACUUAUUCCCUAAUUUCUGGUUCUCAAUUGGCGUUCAACGCGCUCACCUCAUUCCUCCUUAAUGGACAAAAAAUCACGCCAAUUAUACUGAACUCCGUCGUGCUUCUCUCCUUUUCAUCCUCUGCCAUUAUUUUCCAGAACGAAACGGGAGUUAGCGGAGAAAUAUCUCAGCAAUCUCUGUUAAUAGGAUUUGCAGCUACCACUUUCGGGUCUCUAGGCUACGCCUUGCAGUUCUCGUUAACAGAACUCGUGUUCCAAAAGGUCUUCAAAAGUGGCAGUUUCAAAGACGUCAUGAAAAUGUCGUUUUUUAUCUGUCUUUUCGUGACGAUUGCUUCUUUAACAGGCCUUUUCGCGAGUGGUAAUUGGAGGGAUUUGGAGAAGGAAAUGGGAGAAUACAGAACAGGGAAAUUGUCGUAUAUUAUAAAUUUGGUUUGUGCGGCCAUUUCUUGGCAGCUAUACGCCGUUGGAUCAAUUGGAUUGGUAUUCAAGGCUUCUUCUUUGUUUUCUAAUGUGAUCAUCAAUUUAGGAACUGCAGUUGUGCCUAUUUUUGCUAUGGUAUUCUUGAAAGAUAGGAUGAGUGCAUUGAAGGUCUUUGCACUCUUGUUGGGCUUAUGGGGAUAUGUAUCCUACAUCUAUCAACACUAUCUUGAUGAUAUAGAGGCAAAAGCAAAAGCAAGUGGAGUUAAAUCCUCAGCUGAGGAUGGUGAUUUUUAAGUGUCUCGCCUUUAGCUUUUAUUAGCUAGAUUGAUAUAUAGGUCAACAUGUAUAUAUAGCUUAUUAUUUGAUCAAGUAAAUUUGAAGAUUUCUGUGUUAGUUCAAUAUGUAAUGUUAUUAACAACUGCUGGAAUUAGUAAUUCCUAAAAGUAACUACUGUAUAUUGUGUGUUCUUUCAGAUGAAUGGAUCGGUAAAGUACAGUCUAAGCUAUUAGUCACUAAUUGUCAUCAGUGGUUGAAUGUGCACUGCUGUUUAUAUAUUUGGGAAUCUUUUAUUUCUUCAAUAUACUGUAUAUAUUCUUUCCUUUUC